AUGGACGACAGCAAGAAGUAUUCAAACAGGACCAAUAAACAAUUACACGCUCAUAAAUCCGAUUACGGAACGGAUUACAUACACACUGAAAAUGGUGACGAAGAGAGCCGUUCUUCAACCUCAAAGCAAGAUCUCAAUAUCGGAGGGGACAUACCCCCAGAUGGGGGUUAUGGCUGGGUUAUAGUCGCCUGCGUGUUCUGGCUUCAAGUCAACACUUGGGGUAUCAACGGGAGUUAUGGCGUGUUCCUGUCCUACUACCUUACCAACAACAUCUACCCCAACACCAGCUCGCUGGCUUUUGCCUUCAUCGGCGGGCUAGCCAUCGGAUGCGCGUAUCUCAUGGCACCUGUGACUGUAUGCCUAAUUCGUCGGUAUGGAACUCAUGCCGUCCUAAUCAGCGGCAUCUUCAUUCAAAGUGCGGGUUUAGUCGCUGCAUCCUUUGCGACGCAUCCCUACCAGCUCUUCCUGACUCAAGGCCUCUGCUUUGGAGUUGGCAUGGGUUUAAUAUACAUGAGUUACCUAGGCAUCCCGCCGCAGUGGUUUGAACGUAAACGCAGCAUUGCCAACGCCAUCCCCGCUGCCGGUGCCGGAACAGGUGGCGUCAUUUAUUCCCUCGCCAUCCAGUCAAUGAUUGAACGCCUGGGGCUCGCGUGGACGUUCCGCACAAUAGCAAUCGUCUCGUUGGCGGCGAACCUCGUGAGCGCGGCAUUUCUACGCGACCGCAACAAGGCGACCGAGAGUCGCCACACUCCCUUCAAUCUGCCCCUGCUCAGACACUUCGAGUUUAUCCUAUUGCUUGGUUGGGCAAUCUUCAGCACCUUCGGGUUCGUGGCGGUCAAUUUCAGCCUGCCAAACUUCGCCAUUUCGAUCGGCUUAUCCGCUCAUCAGAGCAGUGUUGUGGGAGCAUUGCACAAUCUGGGCCAGGGUAUCGGACGGCCACUUAUCGGACUAACGAGCGAUCGCUUGGGAAGAUUGAAUGUCGCGACAUUUUUUUCGUUGGUGUGUGCAGUCUUCUGCUUCGCCAUCUGGAUUCCGGCCCGGAGCAUGGCAGUGGUGUCUUUGUUUGCUGUAAUCGGUGGCAUGGUAUCGGGCACAUUUUUCGCGACGGUGGCCCCCGUAUUUGUGGAGGUCAUCGGGCUGCAGGAACUGCCGGGAGCUUUGAGCCUUCUUUGGCUUGUUCUUAUUGGUCCCGGAGCGACUGGAGAAGCUGUUGCACAGGCUUUACGACGGCCCACGGAGGGCGAGGCAGCAUACAAGAAUGUGCAGAUCUUUUCCGGCAUGGUGUACGUUGGCGCAGGGUUAUGCUUGUGGGUGGUGCGGGGGUGGAAGGUACGACAGCGCCGGAUGGUUGAGGACGAACAUACACAUACCGAAGAGGAGGUGUGCGAAGAGACGGUGGUGUCCGCGCGAGAAGUUGAAUGGAAGCCGUUGUGGGAUCCUCUUGGGGUGGGAAGAGAUAUGGUGCGGUGGUACCAUGUAUAG